CAAUGCGAUGUCAUCCUCAACAGCUCCUCGUCAGACAUCUCCGCCGAGGCAAAAGCUCUCGCCGUACUCAAGGCCUUCCGCGAGCAUCUCCCGGAGGACGGUCUGGAGAAUUUCAUAGACGAUAUCCUUGCUUGCGCCAAGUCAGGCGGCAUGCUCUAUAUGCAACAGCUCGGCGUCCACUUGCUCACAGCCAUUCUCAUUCCCUUUAAACUCCUAAGCCUCGGACCGCCCUCUCUACAACACAGACACGACCUCCUCGGCUCCGUGUCCAAAUACGCCAACGGGAUCAAGCACCAAAGCGAAACCAGUCUUGCCCGCGACGGCCACCGUUGUGUCUACACCGGCAACAUCGAUAUCCACCGCGUACAAGACGAGCUCGAGCCCGAGACCGAGCCAGUAGCUUAUACUGCGUCACGCCAUGUACUGCCUUACGGGCUAAAAGACCACACUGAGGACACACCCCGAGAAACCGAGGCGAAAAGAGCCAUCUGGUGGUCCAUACACCGGUACUUCCCCGCCUUGGCCGGCAAAAUCGACGGUUCGAGUAUUGACCAGCCGGCUAACGUCCUCACUCUGAACGGGAGCGUGUCCUCCGACUUUGGAGAGUGUCACUUGGCGUUCAAACCGCUUCCGACGGAGAAUGAGUACGAAGUCGUCGUUCUGGGGCGCAUAUCGUCAGGCUACCCAUUUAACACCGGCUACCUCAUGACGAAGAUGGUCCUCUCAGCCCACAACGCGCUUGAACUUCCAGAUCGCGACUUCCUGGAUAUGCAUCACCGCGUGGCGAGGAUUCUGAGCGAGACCGAUAUUGUUGAAGAAAUUGAGAGCCGGCGGGAUCGGCGGGAUACUGAAAAUUUAUACGCGAGGUCUCCGACGGAUGGAGCUCACAUCUUUCCGUUGAUGCUGACUUGUCUGAGCAAUUUGUUAAAAGAUUUCAGACUAUAG